CCUGCAGGGGCCUGGAUCAGCCUUGCCCAGGAGACUUGUGGUUCCGGGGCUGGGCGCGGGUCCUAGAGAAGUGCCCGGCGAGUGCUGAGGGGCCGAGUGGGCAGGGCAGGCUAGCCUGGAGAAGGAAGAGCCACUGGGGCUUCCAAGUUCCCCCACUCCUCUCUCCUCCUACGGCCCAGAGGGCAGUUUUCCCACACUCUCAAGACCAGGAAGCUCCCCGCCCACACGGAGGAGCUGGUUCAUGACAAAUACUCAGGUAGAGCCGAUUACUUCUGCUCCAACCAGUUCCAAGCUCUCCAAGACCCUGCUGGACGCAGGAGGAAGGGAGGCACUCUCCUCGACGCAAGGCCAGGCCGGGCACUGCCCUCCUCCCGCCCCGUGACUCAGCACCCUUGCCCAGCACAACAGGACUUUUGCCCCCUGCCCGCUGUGCCGGCUUCCUGCUCGGAUCCGGCCAGGCUCUUCUGCUGCACCUGCUAGGAUGCUGGGAGCUGGAGCCCCUGGGGCCCGGGGCCAGUACUCCAGGGGGACAGGCACCCCGGGCCGUCUCCGGGUCAUCGUCCUCACCUAUGUGCUGGUUGCCCUGGAGCUCACCUGCCUCUUCAUGCGGUUCUCCAUCCUGCCGUACCUGACUCGGCAGCUGGGCCUGGACUCUGUGGCUUUUGGCUACCUGCAGACCACCUUCGGGGUGCUUCAGCUGCUGGGCGGGCCACUAUUUGGCAGGUUCGCCGACCAGCGUGGGGCGCGGGCCGCGUUCACGCUCAGCUUCCUGGCGGCCUCCGCCUUCUACCUGCUUCUGGCGGCCGCCUGCAGCCCGAGCCUGCCGGGCCUGGCCUUGCUCUACGCUGCGCCCCUGCCCGCCGCGCUGGCACACGGGCUGCCAGCCGCCCAGAUGGUCAUAGCGGACCUGUCUGCGCCCGAGGAGCGGCCGGCGGCCCUGGGCAGGCUGGGCCUGUGCUUCGGCGUCGGCAUGAUCCUCGGCUCGCUGCUCGGCGGGACCCUGAGCGCCGCGUGCGGGAUUCAGUGUCCAGCCUUCGUGGCUCUUGUGGCCAGCCUUGUGGCAGCUGUCCUCAGCUUCACCUGCAUCCCCACCAGCACGAAGGGGGUUAGCGCCAAUGCCCAGGCUACACCUCCAGGCGCACCCAAGGCCAGCAUCUUUGACCUGAAAGCCAUUAGCCGCCUGUUGCUGCAGCCCGGUGUCCUGCCCGUGUUCCUGGUCAAGGUGGUGUCCGGCUUCCCCUCCGGACUGUUCCUGGUCAUGUUCUCCAUCAUCUCCAUGGACUUCUUCCAGCUGGAUGCCGCUCAGGCCGGCUACCUCACGUCCUUCUUUGGGGUGCUCCAGAUGGUCAUUCAGGGCGUGGUCAUCGGGUGGUUGAGCAGCCACUUCUCGGAGGGGACCCUGCUCCGGGCCAGCGUGCUCAUCUUCAUCGCGGUGGGAGUGGCCAUGGCCCUGAUGUCCAACGUCCUCCACUUCUGCCUCUUGAUGCCUGGCCUGGUCUUCAGCCUGUGUGCCCUCAACGUGGUCACCGACAGCAUGCUGACCAAGGCUGUCUCGGCCUCAGACACAGGGACCAUGCUGGGCCUCUGCGCCUCCAUACAGCCCUUGACUCGCACCGUGGGGCCCACCGUGGGCGGCCUCCUGUACCGCAGCUUUGGGGUCCCUGUCUUCGGCCACGUGCAGUUUGCCACCAACGUCCUUGUCCUCCUGGUGCUCUGGAGACAGCCUCUGCCCCAGAAGAGGGACAAAGUCGGGUGACCGUGGUCCCAGGGCACAGACUGGCAAUAAAUUCCUCCUCCUGCCUGA